AUGGCAACACGGAGGUCAUCAUUUCGCUUUCGCCCUCCCUGGUCUCAAGAUGAACCAGCUUCACCUGCAGCACCAGCAACCCAACCAUCUACUCGACCCAACGCCAGCACGGCUCCCUCUCCAGCAACUCGCCCGGCUGCACCGACCACCAGCACGACCAAUCUGUCCACAGCUGAAACACCAACUAGUAACCAGCCAACCGACUCCAUGAAAAACACCACCCCUGGAAUUCCUACUUCACCAACUCAAGCUGGAACCAAGAAGAACAAUCAGCUUCCCAACACAAGCCUUACUCCACCUCGCCCUAUCGAACCCUCCACUACAAGCACGAGCCUGACUCCUGCUACUCCUACCACUGCUGAAACCCAAACCCCUCUCCAACCCUCGAAUAUGAACUCUACAUCCACAAAUUCUCCAGCGAGGUCUACGCCUCAAACUACUACCAGUAACCCCUCUACACCGAAGAGGCCACCAUUUAGGCCUGCAGGGGCAGCUCCCUCUCCCAAGAAUCGGGCAUCCAGGAGCGAGUCUCAACCCACAUCACCACCUCAAUCAACUAAUAAGUCCCGUAUCUCAUCUCCACUAGCUUCACCAUCUGAUUCAGCAACUAAGUCUCACGUGUCUCAAUCUCCGUCUUCAUCUCGCCCAGCUCCUCAAUCACCAGCUAUCACUCCAACAUCCUCCCCUACACACAAGGUUCCCCAGGUCCUUUCAACUAAAACAAGCCAAGAGUCUUCAAAGCCAUCUGUUGUAAAAACUCAAAUGCAAGAAAAGAAUCAGGCAGCUAGUCUGCCAACAUCGCCACCCAAAUCAUUGCAAGAGAUCCUAGGGCCUUCUUCCAAAUCCAAACAAGUACGGUCACGCAUGCUGGAUAAGAAAGAACCAGCAGAACAAAUGGAGCUUCAAACUAAGAAAGCAACCAUGUCAGAUGAAGCAAAAGCAAGUUUCAUAGACAAGGCAAUGCAACCUUCGGAAGUAUCAGUGCUGAAAUCCGGCACUACAGAAGGGCCGUCUUAG